UGGCGGCUCGGCUGACUCAGUGCGAAGGAGUUGUUAUCAUAGUUGAAGGAUAAAUACCCUAUACAAAUACAGCUGAAAUGAUCACAUGGAAAUUAUUAGUGUUGGAUAAACUACCAUAAAAUAUGUCCUUGCUUUGUGUCUGUGUGAAGAAGGCAAGAUUAAUCGGCAAUGAAGAACGAUUUAAUACCUAUGUGACCCUUAAACUCCAAAAUGUGAAAUCGACGACCAUCCAGGUGAAAGGAAACCAUCCAUGUUGGGAACAAGACUUCUUAUUUGAAACAAUGAGGUUGGAUACUGGUCUGAUCGUGGAGGUGUGGAAUAAAGGAAUGUUGUGGGAUAAACUGCUCGGCCUCCAUUGGCUUCCUCUAACUAAAAUUCACCACUCCAAUCAGGAGGGUGAAGGAAAAUGGCUGUCUUUGGACUCGGAGCUCAUCAUUCAAAAUGGUGAAAUAAUGGGAACCCGACUGCCAUCAGGACAUACUAUUUUGAUAGAUGCCCGAUUUGAGCUUCCAUACGAUGUCGUUGCAGACUUGCCAGAAGCUGAGGCUGCUGAAUUACAAAACAAACUUUCCGUUCUCAACACCAUCAUGAACCAAGAGAUGGUUGCUAUACAAGAACAACAACGAAGACCCCCUUCCUAUGCUCAGUCUGGUAUGUCCGAAGAUAGUGAUUAUACUAGUGAUGUAAACUAUCCUCUACAACAUCAGCACAAUACGUCUGCUCACCAAUAUCGCAGUCAUCCUGAUCAUCCAUAUCGACUGCGCGAAGAUAGUCGAGAUUAUCCAAGAUAUGAUUCCUUUGAUAGAUCCUUUGAACGGGGAUAUGAGCCGGAAACAGAUUAUUAUCAAGAUGGAAGUCCGUAUCACCAAGGGCGUAGUGAUACAGAUUCAGAACCUCUAUAUUACAACAGUCGGCCUAACUCGCGCCCACAGUCUUUCAUCAAUGAUAGCCCAGUGAUGAGUCACAAUUCUUCUAUGAAUAUGAGUAGACAGAGUACACAAGAUUACAGUCCUGUAAAUAGCCGUGUUUCAUCUUCAAAUGUUAGUCGACAGAGUACGCAAGAUUAUUGGGAUGGCUCUGUGGAUUUAUGCGAAAACCAAACCACCACCGUACCUGAUCUUCCAUCACCAGCCCGAUCACGCUGGAUAGAUGCCUUUAAUAAAGUCUGUGCUCAACUUAGUGAGAGUGGAUCUAUUAUGGGUGAUGGUAGUGAAGAUGGGUAUAGAGAUAAAUAUUCCUGGUCACAUCAUGCUAACGGAGGUCCCCCAGAACACAAUCCAUUUUACACAAGUAUAGACAGUAUGCCAGAAGUCAAGUUACGCCGGAAGUCCAUACCGCUUGUAAGCGAAUUGAGCAUGGCAGCAAAGCGCAAUGCUGGAGUACCAUCUGCCAUGGUUGCCAGACAGUCAUUAAAUGAUGAGGAACUGAAAAUGCAUGUCUACAAGAAAACACUUCAAGCAUUAAUAUAUCCAAUCUCCAGUACUCGACCACAUAAUUUUGUGGUAUGGUCAGCCACCUCACCAACAUAUUGCUUUGAAUGUGAAGGUUUAUUAUGGGGUUUAGCUCGACAAGGUGUACGCUGUACAGAAUGUGGGGUCAAAUGUCAUGAAAAAUGUAAAGAUUUGCUCAAUGCUGAUUGUCUUCAAAGGGCAGCUGAAAAAAGUUCAAAGCACGGAGAAGGAGAUAAAACACAUAAUAUUAUCAUGGAUAUGAAAGAACGGAUGAAGAUUAGAGAAAAAAAUAAACCAGAUAUAUUUGAAUUAAUAAGACAAGUAUUCAGUGUAGAUAAAAAAUCACAUUCGGGUCACAUGAAGGCCGUAAAACAAAGUGUAUUAGAUGGAACGUCAAAAUGGUCGGCCAAAAUUGCCAUCACUGUGAUAAGUGCCCAGGGUUUAAUUGGUAAAGAUAAAACUGGUACCAGUGAUCCUUAUGUUACAGUUCAAGUAGGAAAAGUAAAAAAACGUACAAAAACUGUUCCACAAGAUCUGAAUCCUUUCUGGAAUGAGAAAUUUUAUUUUGAGUGCCAUAAUUCAUCAGAUAGAAUUAAAGUUAGGGUUUGGGAUGAAGAUAAUGAUUUAAAAUCUAAACUUAGACAGAAAUUAACGCGAGAGUCAGAUGAUUUCUUAGGUCAAACUAUUAUAGAAGUUAGAACACUCAGUGGUGAAAUGGAUGUGUGGUAUAAUUUAGAAAAGCGUACAGAUAAAUCGGCUGUAUCCGGUGCUAUUCGUCUUCAUAUUAGUGUAGAAAUAAAAGGAGAAGAAAAAGUUGCACCUUAUCAUGUUCAAUAUACUUGCCUUCAUGAGAAUUUAUUUCAUUACCUAUGUGAACAGGCUGGUGGAGAAGUGAAACUACCUGAUGCUAAGGGGGUAGAUAAACGAUUUGAUGAAGCAUGGAAGAUCUAUUAUGAUGAACCAUCACAAGAAAUAGUAGAUGAAUUUGCUAUGAGAUACGGUAUAGAAUCUAUAUAUCAGGCCAUGACACAUUUUUCGUGUCUCUCUACCAAAUAUAUGUGCCCUGGUGUGCCUGCUGUUAUGAGUACUCUAUUAGCCAAUAUCAACGCAUUCUAUGCACAUACAACUGCCUCUACGGCAGUAUCUGCUAGUGACAGAUUUGCUGCCUCAAAUUUUGGAAAAGAGAAAUUUGUUAAACUAUUAGAUCAACUACACAAUUCAUUACGGAUUGAUCUGUCCAUGUAUAGGAAUAAUUUUCAAGCCUCCGACCCUGCCCGCCUUCAAGAUCUCAAAUCAACCGUAGAUUUAUUAACUAGCAUUACUUUCUUUAGAAUGAAGGUACAAGAAUUAACGAGUCCACCGAGAGCUGGUACCGUUGUUAAAGAUUGUGUUAUAGCAUGUGUUAAAUCAACGUAUAAGUUUUUAUUUGAUAAUUGUUAUGAACUAUAUCAGCGAGAGUUUCAAGCUGAUCCUAAUGAACAGCCAGAUUCAGAAGAACCUAGUAGUCGGACAUUAGAUUUCUGGCAUAAAAUCAUAGCGUUAAUAGUUUCUGUUAUAGAAGAAGAUAAAAACAGUUACACAUCAGUAUUAAAUCAAUUUCCUCAGGAGUUAAAUGUGGGUCAGGUCAGUGCCUCUAUGAUGUGGAGUCUCUUCUCUCAAGAUCUAUGUAUGUCUUUAAAAGAUCAUGAAAAAGACAGAACGUGUAAAAGUUCUGAAUAUAUGAAUCUCCAUUUUAAAGUAAAAUGGUUGUGUAAUAAUUAUGUUGCCAAUGUGCCUCAAUAUAAAGGAACUAUUCCAGAAUAUCCACAAUGGUUUGAACCAUUUGUAAUGCAAUGGUUAAAUGAGAAUGAUGAUGUUUCAAUGGAAUAUUUACAUGGUGCUUAUGAUAGAGAUAGAAAAGAUGGGUUCCAAAAGAGUUCUGAACAUGCUCUCUUCUCUACAUCAGUGGUUGACGUCUUUACACAGUUAAAUCAGUGUUUUGAUGUUAUAAAGAAAUUAGAAUGUCCUGAUCCGGAAAUAGUUAAAAGAUAUAUGAAACGUUUUGCUAAGACAGUAAAUAAAGUGCUAUUAGCCUAUGCAGAUAUUGUACGUAGAGAUUUCGAAAAGUAUACAAGUCGGCAAAAAGUGGCUUGUAUAGUGAUGAACAAUAUUCAACAGUUAAGAGUACAGUUAGAGAAAGUUUUUGAAGCUAUGGGUGGAGAAAAGUUGGAUUCUGAUGCUGCAGAAGUUUUGAAAGAAUUACAGCAGAAAUUAAAUGGUGUUUUAGAUGAAUUGAGCACAAUCUUUUCAAAGAGUCUGGAGCCACAGAUACAACAGAGCAUGAAUGAAUUAGGUCAGUUAUUGUGUAAAGUUAAAAGAGCUGGGCAAGUUUCUUUGUCACAGCCUAGUCAACGCACGACAAUUCAACAAGAAUCUGAUAUGGUUCUUCGUCCAUUAAUGGAUUUAUUAGAUGGCAGCCUUUCCAUGUUUGCUCAAGUUUGUGAGAAAACCGUGCUCAAACGUUUACUGAAGGAAUUAUGGAGGAUAGUGAUGCAUACGAUGGAGAAGACAGUUGUCCUACCCCCUCUAUCAGAUCCAAGACAGCUCCUUCCCUUACCUGGUAACGCUCAGGCUAAGAUUGAGGACAUGUCUCGUAUUUUACUGAACCAUGUGAGCCAGAUGCCUAGUAAUAACCCUAUGAAACAAGUCAAGACCCUGCAAGCAACAUUCCUGGAUAUGUCAAAAGAAGCGGAAAAGAAUCUAAGUCCAAAGCAGUGUGCUGUAUUAGAUAUGGCUUUAGAUACAAUUAAACAAUAUUUCCAUGCUGGUGGUCAAGGCUUAAAGAAGACCUUCCUUGAUAAGAGUCCAGAAUUACAAUCAUUACGAUAUGCUUUAUCAUUAUACACACAAACUACAGAUACACUUAUUAAAACAUUUGUUGGUUCUCAAACAUCACAAGAUCAACCUAGUACAGCUGAUGCUGUAGGUGAAGUGUCUAUACAAGUUGAUUUAUUUACACAUCCUGGUACUGGUGAACAUAAAGUUACUGUUAAAGUGGUAGCAGCCAAUGAUUUAAAAUGGCAGACAACAGGAAUGUUUCGACCCUUCGUUGAAGUUCAUCUCAUUGGACCACAUCUUAGUGAUAAAAAACGCAAACAUUCCACAAAAUCUAAAAGUAACAACUGGUCUCCUAAAUAUAACGAGACUUUUCACUUUAUUCUUGGUAAUGAAGAUGAACCUGAUGCAUACGAACUUCAUAUAUGUGUUAAAGAUUAUUGUUUCGCUAGAGAAGAUAGACUCAUAGGUGUAGCCGUGAUGCAACUUCGCGAAAUUAUUGAACAAGGUAGUUGUGCUUGUUGGUGCUCAUUAGGCAGACGUGUUCAUUUAGAUGAUACUGGUUGGACUAUUUUACGUAUUUUAUCUCAAAGGACAAAUGACGAAGUUGCCAAAGAAUUUGUCAAACUUAAGUCGGAGUGUCGUCACAUAGAAGAAGUAGUGCCAUCUUGAAUACAUUUCCAAGUAAAAAGGUAUUCCCAAUAGUAAUGUCAGGUGGCCCCUUAUACCAGCUAGAAUGGUUACUAAGGGAGAAAGCUCUGUGACAAAGUCAUAUCGAAAGGUUAAAGUUAAAGUAUGACUCAUGAGAUGGUCCGAGAUAGUUGAAUCUACUUCUGUUAUACAGAAUAAAGCUGUAUAAGAAGACCAUAAUUUUAUAACGUAAAUCCUUUUUAAAAAAUGGAUUGGAAAACAGGUAUACAACAUCUUCUUAAAGAAGUUCUUGUGAAAUACUCUUUUUAAAAAAACUCUGAUGCAAAAUGACAACAUUUGUAUUUCUCUGUUAAUAUUAUUUAUUUGAUUUUAAGUUUCUGUAUAAAUGUACAUUGUAAUUGUUUUUCAUUUGUAUAAACUCUUCUGAAAAUUAAAUUCAGUUCGUUCUUUCAUUUUUAGCUCAAAUCAUAUAUUUAUUAUUAUGUCAUAACAAAUCAUGUAUUUAAAUGUAACGUUGUCAAAGCCAAGUGUAUGAAUCCUCUCUAUAUGACACCAAGGGACCUCUUGUUUUCUUACUAUCCAAAUAAUUAGACAUUUUAGUUUUAGCCUCAGACAAAUUGCAAAUUACUUAUGAUGACCUGAAAUUAAUGUGCUACAAUAAUAUUAAACACUGGUAACUCCUUCAGACACCAAGUCUUCACUCCACAGAGAUGAGACUCUGCCAUUUGAAGUAUAAAACUCACCAUAUGUAAUAGUUCUUCAUUUUAUUUUAUUUUGUACACUUUUACAUUGUGUAAACCAAGAAUUUAUAACAAUGAGCUUUUUUUUCGUAAAUUAGGAUCUAUUCCCAAUCGCAUUAAAAUUUCAGUUUCAUUGAUGGUGAAAACUGUAAAAGAGUUACCCUGUUAAAUUUACAACAGUAAUUUCAUACAUCAGAUCGACGUUUUUAUAUACAUUUAUAUCAAUUUAGUUAAAGAUGCAUUUUGUAAGAUUAAGAUAAAGAGCUGGCAAAGUUCAGUCAAAUUACUUUUUUCUGAGCAGAGUUAUGAACAUUUAAUGAAUAGCAUAGUCUUGAUUUUCAUUGCUACCAUUGUUCCGAUAAUAAACAAAGUCUUGAUUAUUCAUGUUUAAAUUAAAUAAUUAAAUAGUGAUGAUGUUUCAUAAUCACAACCAUCCUAUGGUCUAGAGAGUUGUUUAUGGGUUAUUCAUGUGAAUAAAUGUCUAAUUAAUAAUUUUAUAGACAAAAGAAAGAUAUGCAAAAGGUAGAAUUAUCUCUUACAUGAUGCAUCUUUAAUAAUGACAUUAAUUUUCAAGACUAGUAAAUUUCUGUUUUACAUUAUUAUUCUGGUGAUGUGUUUACUGUGCUGGAAUAUCAACAUUAUACUGACAGAUAAUAUAUUCCAUAAACAGUUUAAGUUUUAUUUCAAUAGAAUGAUAUUUUAAUUGGGUUUUAUGUAGCUUAAAUAAAACUCUUAUGCUUAGGGUGAUUUUAAAAUAAAUAUGAUAAGUUAUCUUAACCACAACUUGUUGAUUUUAAUGUAUGUACUAAAAUAAUUGAAUAUUUGGGUUUUCAAGGAUUCUAUAUUACAAACAGUUCAUUGAUAUUAUCAUAGAACAGUUCUAUUUAAUAAAUGGUUCAGUGAUAUUAUCAUAAACAGAUUAGUGAUAUCAUAAACUUUUCAUUGAUAUUAUAAACUGUUCAUUGAUAUUUAACCAUAAAAUCUUCAAUUUUAGUCUAAAUUGUUCAUUGAUAUUAUCAUAAAUGGUUUUGGGGUUCUUAGACAAUUCUUUGAUAUUAUCACAGACAGUUCAUUAGUAUUAUCACGGCUUGAUUAUAUUAUCACAGACACGUCAUUGAUGUUAUCACUGACAGUUCAUUGAUAUUAUCAUUGACAGUUCAUUGUGGUUAUCAAAAACUGUUCAUUGUGGUUAUCAAAAACUGUUCAUUGUAUUUAUCAAAAACAGUUAAUUGAUAUUAUCACAGACAGGUCAUUGAUGUUAUCACUGACAGUGCAUUGAUAUUAUCAUUGACAGUUCAUUGUGGUUAUCAAAAACUGUUCAUUAUAGUUAUCAAAAACAGUUCUUUGAUAUUAUCACUGAUGGUUCAUUGAUAUUAUCACAAACAGUUAGUUAUAUUAUAAUAGACAGUUAAUAAUAUAUAGGCCUGUAGAUAGAAUUAUAUAUAUAGUAAAAUUAUAAUAUUCAAGGGUACAGGUUUUCCAGAGUAAUACAAAUCUAUAUAAACUAUACAUUAUACUACAUUGAAAAGAUAUAUAAAUAUGAUAAAAGUUAUACAAGGUUGAUCUGUACAUCUUUUUUAAUGUAAUAUAUGUUAUAGAGGUAUUCUUAUGCCUGAUGCAAAUAACUAAUAUUUCAAUUUGCAUAAUGACUGUUUUGGCAUUACUACUGUAAUCAAUAUUUGAUCAGUUGGUGUAGGUUUGGAUAAAUCUGAUUGGAUGUUAGAUUUAGCAGAAAUAUAUAUGUAUGUGUAUGAGGAUUAAAAUAAAGCAUUCCAUGACGUUAGAUUAGUAGGUAUAAAACUAGUCUUGUUUUAGUUGUUUGUAGAUAUGUAUAUAUUUAUAUAAUGCUCAUUUUACUUUUUAAUUCAUUUUUUAAAAGUGUAUAUAUAGAUAUUGGCUUUAUUAAUUUGUACAGUUAUUAUUUUCUUGUAAACAUCUCUGUUUUCAUUCUCAUUUCACUUCAUUCAUAUGCAGUGUAAACAUUUGUUUUAGUUGUCGAAAGUCAACAAAUAUUUAAUGUGUUCUCUUGUGGGAGGUUAUUUUUUUUAGAGCUUCGGAAAUUGUAAAACUGACUAAAAGAUACUGGAUCAUCUACAUAGUAUCUGUAUGAUUAAGUCAUGUUCACGACUCCUAAAAAUAGUACUUACACAUCUAAUAGAUACAGACAAAUCUCAGAAUGAAAAUUCUAUGUUAAUGUCAUAAUCAGUAUGGCAUGAACAUAUAUUUCUGUGAUCAAUCUGCCCAUUGAAUGGUUACAACAAUUAAUAUCCUUUAAGGCCACCGGUACAUGGUUUUAAGCCUGGCAUUGUGAAACUUGUGUUUUUCUUAUGUAAUAUAUAUUUUGAUGUGCAAUAAAAAUAGGUGAAGUUUGUUAUUUACUGUAAGAAUUUAGAAUCUACAAUUUAACAAGAUCUUAUAUAGUGAUCAUGUUGAUUACAUUAAUAAAGGUCACAGUCUCACUAAUAGUACUUGUAUAUGAAUAAAGGUCAUAAUAUAAUAAAAUUAUCCUUAAAAGUUAUCAAAAUAUAUGAAUAUUAGAUAUUAGAUAUUUUAUAAGGAAUAUAUAUAUAUAGCUGUUAAAUUUUAUGCUGUCUGUUAAAUAUAAGUCCACAAAUUGUAGAAAUAUGUUAGAUAUUCCAUUAUAUAAUUAACCUCUCUCAUUGUAUUUAUUACAUUAUCUUUAAACAUUUUAUUGUUGAUACCGUAUUAAGAUGAUGUUUUUACUGCGGAUGAUUUCGGAAUUCCACUCGUUUCUGGUUGUGGAUUCACUUUAUUGUUCUCAUUUUUCUGUGAUUUCUCAAACUUUUACAUGAAAAGAUAAAUCUGAAUAAAUUUUUUAUACCAAA